AUGGAUCCUUUCGCUGGAACUAGACCCUGGGGUAAAAAUCCUCUUGAAACCAAAAAUGAUUUGGCGAACUUCUUGGUCAACGUACUGGACCCCCUUGGGCCUCAUACCUCUCCUGGGGGAGCCCGAAUCCAUCUAGGACACACCGCUACUCAUUAUGACGAGGCUGCUGCUCAGUUGGAAGGAUUUUCUCGUCCCAUCUGGGGUCUUGCGGCACUUCUUGCUGGAGGGGGGUCUUAUGAAGGCACUAAGCGAUGGGUAGAUGGGUUUUCUAGUGGAACGAAUCCCGAUCACGAAGAAUUCUGGGGAGAUAUGAGGAACAAGGAUCAGCGUAUGGUAGAGUGUUCUGCAAUAGGUUUUUCGCUAGCUGUGGCGAGAGAGAAACUAUGGGAUCCACUAGACGAUGCAUCGAAGAAGAACUUUGAAAGCUGGCUUGGAGGAAUGAACGAUAAAGAGAUGCCUAAUACUAACUGGCUUUGGUUUCGCGUAUUUGCCAACCUUGGCCUUUCAAAAGUCGGCUCUCCUCGAUUUGAUGCGAAACGAAUGAAAGCUGACUUGGACCAUCUGGAUACUUUCUACAUUGGCGAAGGCUGGUCGCGCGACGGACCAGAAGGGGUUAUACAGCUCGACUAUUAUUCGUCCUCCUUUGCUAUUCAGUUCGCGCAACUUGUAUAUUCCAAGCUUGCCCAGGCAGAGGAUCCUCAAAGGUGCGAGGAAUACCGCAACCGUGCUCGCCGUUUCGCCCAGGACUUUAUCCGUUACUUCGAUGCCGAAGGUCGUGCUAUCCCCUUCGGCAGAAGUAUGACAUACCGAUUCGCCAUGUCUUCUUUCUGGGGUGCUCUUGCAUUUGCGGAUGUAGAGCUACCUGCACCGUUGACCUGGGGUGUGAUCAAAGGUUUGCAGCUGCGAAAUAUACGUUACUGGAUGCGGCAGCCUGGAGCAUAUUAUCCUGAUGGAACACUUACCAUUGGUUUCGUGUAUCCCAAUCACAAUAUGACCGAGAACUACAACUCUCCAGGUUCGCCGUACUGGUGCUGCAAAUCAUUCGUCACUCUAGCGCUCCCAGAUUCUCAUCCGUUUUGGACAUCGAAAGAGGAACCUUAUCCGUCAAAACUUCUUGGCACUACCGCAGUGCUUCACAAACCUCUCCACAUCGCGACUAACGUUGGCGGUCACACUUUCUUAUUGUCGUCCGGUCAGCAAUGCUCGUAUCCUGUCAAGCAAAGCGCUGCAAAAUACGGAAAGCUGGCGUACUCAUCAGCAUUUGGGUACAGUGUACCUGUAGGAAACGGGACGUUGGAAGAACUUGGGGGCGACAACACUCUUGCACUGAGUGAUGAUAACGGUGAAACCUGGAAAUGUCGAAGGGAUACGAGAGAAGCAAGGAUUGAAAAUGGAAAGUGGUUGAGGUCGAUGUGGUACCCCUGGAAAGACGUCGAAGUAGAGACAUGGCUGGUUCCGCCUACCUUGGAAGCUCCGUUAUGGCACCUGCGGGUGCAUAGAAUCAAGACAGGGAGAGAUUUAACGUCAGCAGAAGGUGGCUUCGCUAUCUACGGACAGAGAGAGGAUGGGCGAGCGCUGGAACCAGCUCCAGAGGGUAAAUAUGGCACAUACGAGGAAGCGGGAGAAGCCAGGGCUACGUCAAAAGCUGGAGUGUCUGGAAUCGCUGAUAUUGGGAGCACCUGCUCGAGAAAUGGGCAGGCUUUACGCACUGAUGCCAACUCGAAUCUGAUAGUCGCCCGAGCGGUUCUACCUACGCUCGUUGCGAAACACAAACCUGAUAGUAGUAACAUCUGGCUUCUUACCGCCGUAUUCGGGUUACCAAAUGAAGGCGACGCUGAGGGCCCCGCAAAAGGAUGGGAAGUCGAAUGGCGAAAGAGACCAUCGGUUCCCGGUGACAUCCGGCUUUGAUCGACUUCAAUCGUUCACCGACGAGGAAAUAUUUAUUUGUAAGAUAACAGUAUCAAGGCGUUUGUAUUGUAAGUUGAGUGUCGCGUAUU